UGGUGUUUUUCUUCCGCCGCAGGCUCUGUUGUGUUGUGAUCUAUACGGGUCGUGGGAGUCGUAGGAAAGAUUCAGGGAGACCCAGGAAACCUAGAAAUGGACUCAGUAGCCAUUGAAGAUGUGGCUGUGAAUUUCACCCUGGAGGAGUGGGCUUUACUGAAUCCUUCACAGAAGAAACUCUACAGAGAUGUGAUGCGGGAAACCUUCAGAAACCUGGCCUCAAUAGGGAAAAAAUGGGAGGAUCAUGACAUUGAAGAUCAGCACAAAAACCAGGGGAGAAAGCUAAGAAGUCAUGUUGUAGAGAGACUCUGUGAAAGUAUAGAGGGUAGUCAAUGUGCAGGAAACUUCAGCCUUAUUCCAAAACUCAGUCUGAACAAGAAAACUACUGGAGUGAAACUACAUGAAUGCAGUGCAUGUGGAAAAGUCUUUAUGCAUCAUUCAUCCCUUAAUAGGCAUAUCAACUGUCAUAGUGGGCACAAACUGUAUGAGUGUCAGAAAUAUGAAGAGAAGCCAUAUAAAUGUAAGGAAUGUGGUAAAUCCUUCAGUUAUCUUCAGUGUUUUGAAAAACAUGAAAGAAAACACAGUGGACAGGAGAACUAUAAAUGUAAGGAAUGUGGGAAAGCUUUUCGUCUUCGCACAUCCUUUCAAACACAUAAAAGGAUUCAUACAGGAGAAAAGCCCUAUGAAUGUAAAGAAUGUGGGAAAUCCUUUAUGUGGCUCACAACCUUUCAAAAACACAUGAUAAUGCACACUGGAGAUACUCCUUAUAAAUGUAAGGAAUGUGGGAAACCCUUUAAGUGGCUCACAACCUUUCGGAGACACAUGAUAACACACACUGGAGAUGCUCCCUAUAAAUGUAAGGAAUGUGGGAAAGUUUUUACUUUUUUAAGUGCACUACAAAUACAUGAAAAAACCCACAUGGGAGAGAAACCCUAUCAAUGUAAACAAUGUGGAAAAGCCUUUAGAUAUCGUCGAACUUUUCAAACACAUGAAAGGACUCACACAGGAGAGAAACCCUAUGAAUGUAAGCAAUGUGGUAAGGCUUUUAUUUCCCGUGUAGGAUUACAAAACCAUGAAAGAAAUCACAAUGGAAAGAAAUUCUAUGAAUGUAAAAAAUGUAGUAAAGCAUUCAGUUAUUCCAGUUCUCUUCGAAAACAUGAAAGAAAUCAUAAUGGAGAGAAACCCUAUGAAUGUAAGGAAUGUGGAAAAGGUUUUAUUUUUCUCUCAAGCCUUCGGGCACACAUGGUAAGUCACUCUGGAGACGGACCUUAUAAAUGUAAGGAAUGUGAGAAAGCAUUCAUUACUCCCAGUUCAUUUCAAAUACAUGUAAGGACUCACACAGGAGAGAAGCCUUAUAAAUGUAAACAAUGUGGGAAAACUUUCAGUUGGCCCACUUCCAUUCGCAGACAUGAAAAAAUUCAUAGUGGAGAGAAACCCUAUGAGUGUAGGCAAUGUGGUAAAGCCUUCAGUUGUCCCAGAUCCUUUCAAAGCCAUGAAAGGAGACACAGUGAAGAAAAGCCCUAUGAAUGUAAAAAAUGUGGUAAAGCCUUCAGUUGUCCAAAUUCCUGUUGAAAACAUGAAAGAAGUCAUGGUGGAGAGAAACCUUAUGAAUGUAAAGAAUGUGGGAAAGCCUUCAGUUCUCUCAUCAAAUUUCAAAGACACGUGAUGAAGCACACUGGAGAUGGACCUUAUAAAUGUAAGGAGUGUGGGAAAGUCUUUGAUUGUCCCAAUUACUUUCGAAGUCAUGAAAGGAUUCACAGUGUAGAAAAGCCCUAUGAAUGUAAGGAAUGUUGUAAAGCCUUCAGUACUCCUAGGUCCCUUCGAAGACAUGAAAGAACUCAUACUGGAGAGAAACCUCAUGCAUGUAAGGAAUGUGGUAAAGCCUUCAGUUAUCCCAGUUUCCUUCAAAAACAUGAAAGAAGUCAUACUGGGGAGAAACCCUAUCAAUGUAAACAAUGUGGUAAAGCCGUCAGUUAUCUCAGUUCCCUUUGAACUCAUGAAAGAACUCAUAGUGGAGAGAAACCCUAUGAAUGUAAGGAAUGUGGGAAAGCAUUCAUUUUUCUCUCAAAACUUCGUUUACAUAUGAUAAAGCACACUGGAGUUGGACCUUAUACAUGUAAGAAAUGUGGGAAAGCCUUCGAUUGUCCCAGUUCAUUACGAAACCAUGAAAGAACUCACACUAGAGAGAAACCGUAUGAAUGUAAGAAUUGUAGUAAAGCCUUCAGUCAUCUCCGUUCUUUACGAAACCAUGAAAGAACUCAUAUUGGUGAGUAGCGCUAUGAAUGUAAGAAAGUGGGAAAGCCUUCAACUCUAUCACUAAAUUUUCAAGACAUGUGGUGAAGCACACUGGAGAUGGACCUAAUAGUGUAAGGAAUGUGGGAAGGCCUUCGAUUUUUUCAGUUCAUUAUGAAAUCAUGAAAGAACUCACACUGGAGAGAAACCACACAAAUGUGAAAAUUAUAGGAAAGGCUUCGAUUGUCCCAGUUCUGUUCAAAACCAUGAAAACACUCAUAAUGGAAAGUAGGCCUAUGAAUGUCAGGAGUGUAGGAGAACCUUCAGUUGUCCCAGUUCAUUCUGAAUACAAGAAAAGAAUUUACACUGGAGAGAAAUGUGAAUGCAAACUAUAUGGUAAAGCCCUCAGCAAUUCCUAUCAUAUUCAAAUAUGUGAAAGAACUCUUACCAGAAACUGAACAUAAGGAAUAUUGGAAAGCCUUUAUCACAACAUUUUAAGAACACAAGAUGGUGCACACCAUGUAAGUGUGAGGAGUUGGGGAAGUCUUCAGUCCCAUUUUCUUGGGAAAGAACUCACUCUAGAGAGAAUUCUGUUAAAUGUAAACAAUAUAUGAAAACCUUCAUUUGCCCUACAUCCUUACAAAACCAUAUGAGAAUGUACACUGGAUAGAUACCAUGUAACUGAAAAGUAAAACAAACUAUUCAGUUGAAACAAAUAUUUUUAUAGUCGUGAAAACUGCACUGGAAAAAACUCAUGUUAAUUCAGGAAUAUCCUCAAAACUGAAGAGAGUCCAAGACAGUGGAGUAGGAAGACCUUGAGCUCACCUCCUCCCAUGGGCACACCAAAAUUACAACUGUUUACCAAGCAACUAUUGAUGAGAAAGACCUGAACACUCGCAGAAAAGAUCUUCUACAAGUAAAGAUAGGAAGAAGGACCCACAAUGAGACCAGUAGGAAGUGUGGAGAAAUGUUACAGUCAAGACCCAUUACCCACAAACAGGAGGGUAAUUACAAUUGCAGAAGUUGUCCCAAGGAGCAAGGGGGUCCAAACCCCACAUCUUGCUCCCCAGCCUAAGGGCCCUGCACUGGAAAGACAAGGCCCCAGAACAUUUGACUUUGAAGACCAGCAGGGCUUACUUUCAGGAUAGUCAGAGGGCUGUAGGAAAUAGAGACUCCACUCCUCAGGGACGCACAUAACAUCUCAUGUGCUCCAAAAUCCAGGGCAAAAGCAGUAAUUUGAAAGGAGCCUAGGUUUGACCCACCUGCUGAUCUUAGAAUCCUGGAGAAGCAAGAGGCAACUGAUGUUUAUUCUCGGGACAUAGACACUGUGACAGCCCUUUUGGGGAGCUCAUUCUACCACAGGGAUACUGGUGCUGACACGUGUGGUUUUGGAAUUGUCCUUCUAGCUUAUUAGCACAAGAGACCUGCACUACCCACCAGCCUGUUGGCACCAGUAUUGGGAUACCUCAGGCCAAGCAGCUAGCCAGGUGGGGACGCAGCCCCACCCACCAUAUGGCAAGCUGCCUUAAGACACAUUGAGCCCCCAGUUGCCCUGGCACUGGCCCUGGGACCCCUGAGGCCCCACAGCCAGCUGUUGGGGCCCAACCCCAUAUACCAGUGGGCCUAUACCAGGAUCCAGCCCCAUUCACCAGUGGGCCAGUACCAGCUUUGGGACACCCCAGACCUUGUAGCCGUCUGUGACAGAAAUAAGCCGUGCUCACCAGUGGGCUGACACCAACUCUGAGACCCCCAGCUUACUGCAGCCAAAGACCUCAGGAUCUGGCUCCACCCACCAGUGAGCUGGCAUUAACCCCAGGACUCCCUGGGCCUCAGCCCCACCUACCAGCUCUAAGACACCUUGGACCCUUCAGCCAGCCACCCUGGGAUUUGGCCCCAGUCACCACCAGGCUGACAGUAGAUUUGGGGGUCCUGGGCCCAUGUCCUCCCACCCUGGAAACUAGCUCCACCCACCAGUGGGCCAGCACUGGCCCUCGGACCCCCUGGGGCUCUAUAGCCAGCCACCUCAUGUCCUGACCCUGCCUACCAACAGCAACCUCCCCACAAGGCAGGACCUGGCAACCAACUGGACCAAGGGCCAGCCACACCUAGUCAGCCCGCUACAUGAGAAGGACCCACCUCGGGGGCACACCUAGAGCAUAUAGCUCUGGUGUCCAGAGGAGAGAGCACUGCUGUCACACAUAGGACGUCUCCUACAAAAGGCCGCUUCUCCAAGGUCUGGAAACAAGCAAUGUGCCAAAUACAUAGAAAUUUAAAAAGCAAAUUAGGCAAAGUGAGGUGACAGGAAUAUGUUCCGAACAAGGAACAAGAUAAAACCCCAGAAGUAGAACUAAGGAGGCAGAAAUAAGCAAUCUACUUGUUCAAGGUAAUGAUCAUAAAGAUGCUCAAAGAACUUGGGAGAAGAAUGGGUGAACAGAGUGAGAAAUUAGUCAUUUUUAACAAAAAUUUUAAAAAUACAAAGAACCAAACAGUUGAAUACAAUAAGUGAUAUUUUUAAAUACACUAGAAAGAAUCAGUAGUAGAUUACAUGAUACAGAGGAAUGAAUCAGCAAACUGGAAGACAGAGUAGUGGAAAUCACUCAAUCUGAACAGAAAAUAAGGAAAAAGAAUUUUUUAAAAUGACAGUUUAAGAGACUUCUGACACAACAAGCAUACUAACAUUCUCAUUAUAGGAGUCCCAGAAAGAAAGGAGAGAAAAUGGGCAGAAAACAUACUUGAAGACAUAAUAGCCAAGAACUUCUGUAACCUGGUAAGGAAACAGACAUCCAGGUUCAGAAAUUACAGUCCCAAAAGGACCAAUCUAAUCCAUAUAUAUAUGUAUAUAUUAUUAUAUAUAUUUAUAAUAUUAUAAUAUAUAAUGGAAUAUUACUCAACCAUAAAAAAUGAAAUUUUGCCAUUUGCAACAUUGUGGAUGGGCCUAGAAGGUAUUAUCCUAAGUGAAAUAAGUCUGACAGAGAAAGACAAAUACUGUAUAAUUUCAUUUACUUUUGGAAUCUAAAAAAAAUAAUGAAUAAACAUAGCAAAACAGAAACAGAGUUACAGAUACUGUGUCAAACAGGUAGUUGGCAGAGGGUGAAGAGGUAAGGGAGGAAAGAAAUAGAUGAGGGAGACUAAGAGGUGCAAACUUAGAGUUGCAAAAUGAGUCACAGGUAUGAAGUGUAAGGUGUGGGAAAUAUAGUCAAUAAUUAUAUCUUUGUAUGGUGAGAGAUUGUAACUAAACUUAUAUUAGUGAUCAUAUUGAAAUGUAUAGGAAUAUCAAAACACCAUGUUGUAUAACAGGAACUAACAUAGAGUUGUAGGUCAUUUAUAUUUCAAAAACAAACUCAUAAAGAGAUCAGAUUUGUGAUUAUGAGAGGCAAGGUGUGGGGGGAAGGGGAAAUUGAAGAAGGCAGUCAAAAGGUACAAACUUUCUGUUAUAAAAUAAUUAGUACUGGGGUGUAAUGUACAACAUGAGAAAGUUGUUAAAGAGUAAAUCCUAAGAGUUCUCAUCAAAAGGAAAAUAAUUUUUUCUAUAAAAUUUUGUAUCUAUAUGAAAUGAAGGAUGUUCACUAACCUUAUUGUGAUAAUCCUUUCAUGAUGUAUAUAAGUUAAAUCAUA